AAUGGGAGGACAUGCUUCGACUCUCCCGAUCACUCCCUUCCAAGGGAUGAUUUCAAAAANAAAAAUGCUGGCAAGAGCUCGAGCAGGAAAAGGCUAACACUAAGCAGGAGGAACCCAACGUUCUCGCGAAACAUCGAUUCAAUGAAGCGUUCCGAGCCCCGAAAGUGGAGUUCGACUCGCUGGCUCGAAGCGAUAGAUCCAGCUCAGACAAUGUGAAACUCAUGGCUCACUCCUUAGCUACGAAUUCAGAUAUACCACCAUCUCUGCUAUGCGCUCACAUUUGGUCAAGGCAAUGUAAAUAGUACAUAGUGGCGAGUGGCGCACUACCAUAUACACCCAUGGUCUUGUCCUGAGUCCCGAUCGAUUCUCACCCAGGCCAAGCAACCAUUCCAUCCAAGGUCGGAAAGGCUUCCAGGAAUUUUUCGCGAGAAAGACUUCUACGAGGUCAUUUCCAUCAUUCCAAAUCUGCUAGCAUUUCCCCCCGCUUGA